AUGAUUUUCACUGCUACAUCCGCUAUCUGGCAAUGGCAUCGGUGGGCGGUGGCUGGAUGUCGGAUUACGACGUCAUCCCCACGUACAUCUCGCCCGAUGUGGGCCUACCAAACUUCGGCCAUUUCUCCAUCUUCCAGCAGCAUGUGCCCGCUCUCAUGUCCGGGACAAAGGAAGCAUGGGAGACG